AUAAUGGAGGUUCAGCCGCACGUGCGCACCUUCAACUUUUUGAGGUCUGUUUUUUCGAAUCUGAAGAAGCAUUUUCUAGUUUUGUAGCGUUAUUUCGGAAGUUUCACACUACAUUUAUAAAUUUGCAAAGUCGGACAUCAUGCCAAAGGUGAAGAGUGCGAAGAAAUCGAGAGUUCACGAACAGGUUUUCAAGCAAGGAAUCCAGUUCAGAACUGACAUUGGACAGCACAUUCUGAAGAAUCCCCUGGUGGUCGAUGCCAUCAUCGAUAAGGCAGCCUUGCGGAGUACAGACACCGUGCUGGAGGUUGGACCUGGGACAGGGAACAUGACGGUGAAGCUCCUUGACAGGGCCAAGAAGGUGGUGGCUUGUGAGUUGGACCCCAGACUCGCCGCCGAGCUGCAGAAGCGAGUGCAAGGAACUCACCUUUCCAGUAAGCUUCACAUGAUCAUUGGCGACGUCUUGAAGUCAGACCUGCCGUUUUUUGACGUGUGCGUAGCCAACCUGCCCUACCAGAUCUCCUCCCCGUUUGUCUUCAAGUUGCUCCUUCAUCGACCCUUCUUCAGGUGUGCCGUGCUGAUGUUCCAGCAAGAGUUUGCUCAGCGUUUGGUGGCCAAGCCAGGCGACAAGCUGUACUGCAGGUUGUCUAUUAACACACAGCUCCUGGCAAGAGUGGAUCACCUCAUGAAGGUCGGGAAGAACAACUUCAAGCCACCUCCAAAAGUUGAGUCCAGCGUCGUCCGUAUCGAGCCGCGCAACCCGCCUCCGCCCAUCAACUUUCAGGAAUGGGAUGGACUUGUCCGAAUAGCCUUCGUGAGGAAGAACAAGACGCUUAGUGCAGCAUUCAAGACGAAAGCCGUGAUGGAAAUGUUGGAGAAGAACUACAGGAUUCAUUGCUCGGUUAAAAACAUUCCCAUCGCUGAAGAUUUUGACAUCAAGGAUAAAGUCCACGCUAUCCUCGAAGGCAACGAGUUUGACAAGAUGAGGCCACGCGUCAUGGAUAUUGACGAUUUUCUCCGGUUGCUGAAUUGUUUCAAUUCUGAGGGUGUUCAUUUCUCUUGAUCUUGGAGCAUGCAUCGUCACAGAAUCGAACGCAUCCAAGACAGACAAUGGACUAUAAGGUGUGCGCUGCAGAUUUUGAGCCCUCGUUGGGCAUUUUUUUGGUGUCGUAUCCUUGAUCAGCAAGGCCAGUCUACCACCUCCGGAAAUACGAGAAAUUUCCACUGUAUUGCAGCGUCGGUUGACUAAAGGCCCAAAAUAAGUUGAAAUCUAUUCAGAUGGCUGCACGUCUGGGAUUUUGUGGCAUGAAAUUGAUGGGAAGAAGUGUGAUUUCAGCAGCCGAUUUCACGAAAACUUUACGCAAUGGUCAGGUGUAACGUCACUCAGGCCACAUUUUAUUGCCAACCUUGCGCAACAAAUUAAGAGCUAUUUCACGAAACUUACGCACUGCGUAAGUCCGGGACUUGAGCAACAAAUUGUGGUGUAACUUACGCAGUCAUCUUGCGCGGCGUAAGUUGUGCCAAACGAAGCGAAAAUGAACAAUAGCUCAUGUGUUCAGUUAAGCCAAGUCAUUGCUGAACUGAACAAGGCUUAUGACUAGAAGCGUACAACUUUUGUGUUGGAAGGUAAUGACUAACUUGUUUGGCUGUGAGAGAACUGCGAGGUUUUUCUUGCCAGUUCUGACAAAGGAAAGACAAGAACCUUUUCAAAAAGGCAGGCGGAAGUGAUCCAACGACUGUUUGAUGAAUGAUGUUAUAUUGGAAAGGAACAGCCGCCUUGAAAGCCGUUAUCCUCCGGGAAAUUUAAUAUAAGUAAAACGUGACGCAGCUAUGCAACUUUUCAUGAAAUCAAACAUAAGUAUAUUGUGCAGCUAUGGCUCA